CUCUUCAGUGCCAAGGCCAGAAAUUCAUGGUCUUUCGAUGCUUAUGCCUUCGCGACUCCAAAAGCCAAGCUCCAGUCUUCCUCGAUGGAUACAUUCUAAUAGCUCAAACAAACAAGCUCAACUAGCACAACGAAAGCGAGAACCCGCCCCCAGUAAUUUCUCGUACAAGCCUACAGGUAGCGUUGUCAUGGAGAAACAGGAUGCUAAGAUAGCACCUGUGCAAAAACACCGCCAUCAGCGAAACGCAUUCGGAGUGCAGCUCCUAUCACAAUCUCUCUAUGACCAAGUCUUCAAAAAUUAUACCUCUCCGCCACCUCCGGCAAUCUAUAUGAAUAUUGCACGAGGGCACCUGGAAGUGCACGAGCUCAAUCCGUCUCAAUCCUCUAUUCUCCCUUCCCCCGAGUUCACCCUUCCCCCGCUCCAAGGCAACAAUAUUCUCGAGCAUUUCUAUCGGAUAGGCUCGUCCAACGCAGAACCUUACCUCUCGUUGGCCAAAUCAUUCGCUACUGCCCAGCUACAUCCUCCUCCAGAACACUGGAACACACAAGCUGGAUGGACAAAAUACAUUUAUAAAAGCGAUGGAUCAGGAUACCACGAACAUGUACCAUACCCCAUGCAUGACGGAAAACCUGAGGAAAUGCUCUCCUUCGAUAUCGAAAACCUUCCCAAAUAUCAUCACUUCCCGGUUAUGGCCUGUGCCGCGUCUCCAAAUGCCUGGUACGCGUGGAUAUCUCCAUGGAUAUUGGACCCUUCGAACGCAUCCCCAGAACAACUUAUACCCCUCGGUCCUCCUGACGUCCCACGUAUUGUUGUAGGCCAUAACGUGUCUUAUGACCGGGCGCGUGUUCUUGAGGAGUACCAUGUUAAUGGUACGAAAACUCGCUUUCUUGACACCAUGGCACUUCAUGUGGCGGUUAAGGGGAUUUCGUCCCACCAACGGCCCGCUUGGAUGAAGCACAAAAAGAAUAAGGAAGAGGUGAAAGAGCAGCGACGAGAAGCCGUGGAGGUUAUACGAAGUAUGAUACAAGAGGUACAAUGUGGCCUAGAUGAGCUACGCGAAGCUGAGGCCGAAGGGGAUGUCGACGAAGAAGGCAGAGUGAUGCUUGUCGCUCGUUGGAAGGAACUGCAGGAAUGUUUAUCAGGACAUCAAGCUUCUAUGGAACAAGCGCAGGAUACCUUCAUACCCGGUCCUCCUCCCAGGGGUGAUGACGUUGAGGAUAAUGUCCAAACGCGAUGGGAGGAUUUGACCUCGAUGAAUUCUCUAGCCGACGUUGCGAAACUCUACUGCUCUAUCGAUCUUUCCAAAGAGAUUCGAAACGAUUUUAUGACGUGCACGCCCGAAGAGAUUCUUGCCAACAUAUCUGACUAUAUCGGUUAUUGUGCUGGUGAUGUCAGUGUCACGCAUCAGGUGUAUACCAAGGUUUUCCCUGGUUUUUCCAAGAACUGCCCUCAUCCCGUCAGUUUUGCUGGAAUACUGACAAUGGGAAGCGGAUUUUUACCGGUUAAUCAAGAAUGGGAGGCGUACUUGGAGCGUGCAGAGGGAAUUUGGAACAAGAUGUCGAAAGGUGUUAAGGAUGGUCUGGAAAAUCUUGCUAGGGAGGCUGUUCAGAACAAUCCAGUUAGUGCAGAGGGAGGCGAAGACAAGUGGAAGGAUGAUCCUUGGUUAAGCCAGUUAGAUUGGACUCCCAAGGUCGUUGGUAAGAGUCGAGGUGUAUUUCCACCAGAGGUAGAGGCCGAACCGCCUAUCAAGCCCCAACCUCAGGUCAUUCCGCGGUGGUAUAGUCGCCUUCUCGCUGAUCCACUCUCAACACAUGUUAUCGAACGAAUUCUACCCUAUCUCUUGAACUUGUCUUUUAAAGGUCAUCCCAUGAUCUUCACGACGGCAGAAAAAUGGCAUUAUCUCAAGGGCAAAAGGAAGGCUGUCAGCCGUCUACCUACUGCAUCUGGGUACACGGCAUCACUGCUUAUACCCAAACACGCACUAAAGCUUCUGAGUGAGGGUCAGAUGGGUUCUUGUAAUGACAAAUUGGCCAUGAAGCUUUGUCGACCGGAAGAUAAGAUGAAGAAGGAGGUCCUGAAACUCGCGAAGUCCGUUUAUAGCAGAGGUCUGACAGAAGAAGAGAUCAGCAACGAUCCUUGGUACAGUCAGCUGGACUGGUCCGAGGUCACAGACCCUACCGCUCAAGCCGUUUCUACCAUGAAACCAAAGCGUAAACCCAAAUCUGUCAAACCUCCGUCGGUGUAUUGGCCCAAAUGGUUCUGGGACCUAACGAAACCGAAGAAGGACAUGCCUCCUGCGUCGCUAGAUAUCACCAUGAAGAAUCGUUUUGCUCCCCUCCUGCUUAGGAUGUCCUGGCAUAAUCAUCCCUUAUACUAUUCUCGAGAAUAUGGCUGGACAUUUCGUGUACCACCACGACCAGAGAGCGCUCCAGUUCCUGAGAACAUAAAGCGACUGAAGGCCCUCGAUUUCCACGACGAAGCCGAUGCAUCCCUUAAUAACCUCAAGUUUGAGGGCUACACAUUCUACAAGCUACCACACAAGGAUGGCGAGGCAGCCAACGUUGGGAGUCCCUUGACAAAGACUUUCAUGAAUUAUGCCAUCGAGGGAACGUUGAGCUGUGGUGCCGGUGAAGCAGCGAACGCGAUUGUCGACGUUGCUGUUCAGAGCAGUUAUUGGAUCAGUUCUCGGGAUCGAAUCAUGCGCCAGAUGGUUGGUUGGCAGGACACGAAGACGAAGCAGUGGGAUAUGGGGCUUCCAGUCGAACAGGAUCCAGAGACUUGUGCAGAGGGAGAACGGCCGAAGAAGUGGGGCCUUAUCCUUCCUCAAGUCAUAACAAUGGGCACCGUUACCCGUCGGGCUAUUGAGAGAACUUGGUUGACUGCAAGCAAUGCGAAGAAGAAUCGUGUCGGGUCUGAACUCAAAGCCAUGGUUCGGGCGCCUCCUGGUUAUUCCAUCGUUGGCGCUGAUGUCGAUUCUGAGGAAUUAUGGAUUUCUAGCUGCAUAGGGGACGCCCAGUUCGGUGUGCAUGGGGCGACAGCCAUCGGCUGGAUGACACUUGAAGGUACCAAGGCCGCGGGGACCGAUCUUCAUUCCAAAACGGCCGCUAUUUUGGGUACUUCUCGUAACCAGGCCAAGGUUUUCAACUAUUCUCGUAUCUAUGGCGCUGGUAUGCGUCAUGCAAUCCUUCUUCUUCAGCAGGGCAAUCCCAAUAUGACCCCAGAAGAGGCUCAUAAGCUCGCAUCAAAUCUGUACGCCUCAACAAAGGGCAAGAAUACGUAUCGGACAGACUUCUUCGGCAAGAAGUUUUGGUUUGGUGGUACCGAAAGCUUUCUGUUCAACAAGCUAGAAGCGAUAGCCUUGUCCGACUUGCCCCAGACACCUGCCCUGGGUUGUGGUAUCACUCAAGCCCUAUGCAAAACCAACCUUCCGCAAGGCUUCGGUUCAGACUAUCUGCCUUCACGGAUCAAUUGGGUCGUACAGUCCUCGGGGGUGGACUAUCUUCAUCUACUCAUCGUUGCGAUGGACCAUCUAAUCAACAAAUACGGUAUCCAAGCUCGCUACCUCAUUUCCGUUCAUGAUGAGCUCCGGUAUUUGGUGAAGGAAGAGGACCGGUACCGUGCCGCCCUCGCUCUGCAGAUUGCCAAUCUGUGGACACGCAGCAUGUUUUCGUGCAGAUUGGGUAUGGCCGAUCUACCUCAGGGAGUAGCCUUCUUCUCUGCGGUAGACGUCGACAAGGUUCUUAGGAAGGAGGUCGACAUGCCUUGCAUCACUCCAUCUCAGCCGGAACCGAUCCCUCCCGGCGAAUGUCUGGACAUAGUUCAGAUACUAGGGAAGACGAACAAUGGCUCUCUAUGGCCGGAUGGUCGCGCCAUGGAAACGUCGUUCAACGGGCCUUUCAUAGGUACAUUAGAAGGUUAUGUUGAAACUGAUUUCAAUGCACACCGCUCCCCUAGCGCCGAAUGGCUUCAAGCGCAGUCAACUAAGGACUUUGGUGAAGUUAGGCACUUGGCUAAGGAGGAAUCUGCAAAGAGACACCCAGGGGAUGUAAGGUCACAGUCGAAGAAAAGGGGUAAACCAGGCGGCAGCAUCAAUAAGAAUGACGACUGGGCUGAAAUGGUAGAGCGGGUGCUACAGUCGGGUCGCGACCUUCAUCUAUGGUAGAAUCUAUAUUUAUGUAAUUUUUUGUUCCUUUCAUAUCCAUGUACUUGUAUACAAUCAUACUAUAACACCCAUUAAGAUCCUU